AUGCUUAGAAAGGGACCAGAAAAUGUACAAGAGAAACCAGCAAAGGCUAGCUGUCCAACAAUAAUAAAUCGAUCUGUUUGGAAUGCUAGGGAACCAAGAGAUUAUAGUAUUUUAUCAACACCUGUGCCUAAUGUUGGCAUACAUCAUACAACCGGUCCACAAUGUACCACACUUGAUUCUUGCAUAUCAAUAACACAAUAUUGGCAAAGAUUUCAUAUAGAUACAAGGAAUUGGUCCGAUAUUGGUUAUAAUUUUUUAGUUGGUGGUGAUGGUUAUGUAUUUGAAGGUAGAGGAUGGAAUUAUACGGGUGCACAUUGCGACGGUUAUAAUCCACAAUCAAUUGGUAUUGGUGUUAUUGGUGAUUAUACUUCUAUUCAACCAUCUAAAUCGUUAGUAAAUGCUGUUGUAUCAUUAAUUACCUGUGGUAUUUCAUUUCGUUUUAUUCAAGCAAAUUAUACUCUUCUUGGACAUUGGGGUUAUGGUAUUACUGAAUAUUAUAUGCUUUAUUUAAAUACAUCUCAAAGUAUACAAUAUUGUUUACCAAAAUCGACAACUUUUUCACCGAAAUAA